AUGGAGGCCGGAAAGUUUCUGGGAUUCAUGAUAACCCAACGGGGAAUGGAAGCCAACCCUGAAAAAUGCCAAGUAAUACUCCAGAUGAAGAGCCCGGGUUGCAUCAAAGACGUUCAGCGAUUGGCAGGAAGGCUCACCGUGUUGUCCCGUUUUCUCGGUGCAUCAGCGGCAAAAGCCCUGCCCUUCUUCAACCUAAUGAAGAAGGGAGUAGCGUUUGAAUGGGCUCCCGCGUGCGAGGAAGCAUUCAACCACUUCAAAGAAAUCUUGGCAGCACCCCCCGUACUCGGUAAACCCAGAGCCGGAGAACCACUCUACCUAUACCUGGCCAUAACAGAAGGAGCGCUUGCAACGGUGCUGGUGCGGGAAGAAGGGAAGGCCCAGCAACCGAUUUACUUCACUACGACAAUACUUCCAAAGUCACCAAGUGGUCGUGAGAACGGACCAAGCAAUUCGUCAGGUGCUACAAAACCUGAUCUGGCGGGAAGGAUGAUGACCUGGGCAAUCGAGCUGUCCCAAUACGAUCUGAGCUACGAGUCCCGACAUGCGAUUAAGGCGCAAGCAAUGGCAGACUUCCUAGUGGAAGUAACUGGAAACCUAACUGAAGAAGCGGACACACGGUGGAAGCUCCAUGUGGACGGAGCCUCCAACCAGACGUCCGGAGGCGCCGGAAUCAUCUUAGAAAGUCCGGCCGGAGUCAUCUACAAACAAUCGAUUAAGUUUGAGUUUCCCGUGUCAAACAACCAAGCAGAAUACAAAGCACUACUGGGGGGCUUGGUUCUAGCACGGGAAGUCAGGGCCACAAGGUUGGAAAUAUGCAGCGACUUGCAGGUCGUCACCGCGCAAGUAAAUGGAAGCUACCAAGCUAGGGAUUCGCUACUGCAGAAAUACUUGGAAAGGGUCAAAGAACUAAGCAAACAAUUUCAAGAGGUCACGAUCCAACACGUUCCGAGGGAGAGGAACACACGGGCAGACCUCCUGUCCAAGCUAGCGAGCACAAAACCUGGAGCCGGCAACCAAUCCCUUAUUCAAGGCAUCACCAAAGAACUAGCAGUCACCCUCCACCUAACUAAGACGAGCCGCUCCUGGAUGGACUCCAUCGUCGAUUUCUUGCAAAACGGCAAACACCCUGGAGAUGAGAAGGAAGCCAAUGCGCUGAGAAGGGAGGCUGCCAAAUACACGGUCAUACAGGACCAGCUAUUCAAAAAGGGACUUAGCCAACCUUUGUUGAAGUGCCUACACCCCGACCAGACAGACUACGUGCUUAGAGAAGUCCAUGAGGGGUGUUGUGGUCACCAUAUCGGGGACAAAGCCCUAGCAAGAAAGCUCAUCCGAGCCGGAUACUACUGGCCGUCAAUGAUGGAAGACUCCAAGGAGUUCGUAAAAAAAUGUGUCAAAUGCCAAGAGAACGCUAACUUCCACAGAGCAUCGGCCACCGAACUAAGCCUGAUGACAUCCUCCCGACCCUUCGCACAAUGGGGAGUCGACCUCCUGGGACCCUUCCCGGUUGGCCCAGGGUAG